AUGUGUGAGCCCGAGGUCACGGCAGUGGAAGUCAACCAGCGGGACCUUGUCGACAAAGUCCUCGCCCGUUACCCAGAGGAGUUCACAGUGUUCCGAGAACUGUUGCAAAAUGCAGACGAUGCUGGGGCCAAAAACUUCAAUAUUGUAUUUGAGAGUCCACGUGGACGUGCAAGUAAUGGGACGACACCAGGUCUCAAUUCAGCUAAGGUCUUCAAAUGGGUUGUCAAGAAUGACGGUGUCCAGUUUGAACCCGCUGACUGGAAGCGUCUAACGAAAAUUGCCGAAGGCAACCCGGAUGAACGCAAGAUUGGUGCAUUUGGACUCUUUGUGAAGAAAGAAGAAUGUGACUGCGACAAGUGGACUGUGAUUGAGAUGGAGUUGAAGCAGGAGUCGACUAUCCCACGGAUCUUUGAACUCACGCGAUUUCUAGUAACCUCCGUGACAUUCCUGACCCGCGUUGAACAUGUUGAGAUCUUUCUGGACGACACUAAGUUGUCUCAUUUGACAAAAACUCGGAAAAAGGCCAGUCAGUCAAUAGCCAUUUCGCAGCAUAUGAACAGAAAAAGCCGGGAUGGAACCAUGACCAUUGAUUCUGUUGAACUGAUGUCCCAGGAGGUCAAUGUUAUAUUCUUUGGAGAUACGCUCAUCGGAGGUCCAAAAACUCUCGCUGCACGUGCGGAACCGGAAGAAGGUGGAAAUCCAGCAAAAUUCAAGAAUUUCUUCUCAAUGGAGAAAACACCGAAAUCGAAUGGAAUAACCGCAGCUCCAAAAAUAGCAGCAGCUGCUUCUGAAACCUCCAGUUCCGAAUCUAGCGUCCAAUUCUCAGCGAAAUGUUCCAUUUACUCUGCAAAAGUUACUGUUUCAGCGAAACCGAAUCUGGAGAAGGGUUUGGAAUCCGCAACGAAGAAAAAGCUUCCCAAAGAUUUCCCAUUUGAAAUGGUUUUCUUCAGUAAGGACGAGCACGAUAAGCAGUCGCAAGAAGAAGCAGGGUUUGGAAGCGUCUUCCGUGGUCCCCAAGGAUUUUGUCCCCAGUUGGAAGCACCACACCCUCCUCGAAUCUUCAUCGGGCAAAGUACGGCUCAAACGACAGGCAUGGCUUGCCACAUGUCUGGCCGUUUUAUUUCAACUGUGGAAAGAGGCUCUAUUGAUCUUGCCAAUGGUCACGUCUCCAAAUGGAAUGAAGAGCUCCUUUACGUUGGAGGCUUUUUGGCGAGGAUUGCUUAUGAUUCCGAGAUGAACAAAGUAAAGGACGCGUGGUCGACGCCGUCGAAACAAAAUGCGGAACAACUAGAACUAGCCCUGUAUGCGAUGAAGUCCUUCGUCUUCCAUCCUUCCACCCCCGAUCCGAAGGUAUCCCAGAUUAUCAAGGAUGCAUUCUACGCUUGUUCGGAGUCAGAUAAAUUCCCGUUCAUAUCUGAUCAAGGGAUUCGGUACACGAAGGACAUCCGUUUGUACAAUCAUCAAUUCGCUCACUUCAUGCGCACCCCAGUAUUCCCAACGGAACUACGUCCCAUAUUAACAUCGAUGACGCUUCCCAAGCAUCUCCAGAUUGGGCCGUACACGUUCAGAGAUGUCGUGAAAGAACUGGAUUCGCGGUGGCUGAGUGAGUCGGAGAUGACCGCUUGCUUGCGUUGGUGGAGCACUUCACUUGGAAGCCGGAGUCCUUUGGAUGAACAGCAGAAAAGGUGUCGGGACGAACUGCUCAAAGUAGGCAAAACACAUUCCGGGGGGAAGGAAGUCAGACUCAGCUCCAUCAGCAAAUUUAUCGAUGGACGAAUGCUGAAUAUUCGCCGUCCGGAUGACCCUUUGCCAGACGACACCAUACCCCCAGCACUUAUCCAAAUGACAUUCUGGAUUCCGGAGGUUUUUGGAUGGAAAGAAAUGUCGAUCAUACACUGGCUUCGACACCUCAAGAACAGUCCGCCAGAUCGAGCGCAUGAUAUCAGCCAUACGCCCAGUUUUGCGCAACACGUCCUCGGCGUCCUCGGUAACCUUUGGCCUUCACUAGAUGAAAAUAGUCGUUCCGAAGUUCGGGAGAUUUUAGAGGAUAUGAAUUGCAUACCUACGACCAUCUCGAACGUACCUUACAUGAAGCGACCCAAGGAAGCGUACUUCUCUGAAGCCGACGUCUUUCGCGACCUUCCUAUCGUUAGACAGGACCUCUUGGAUUACGGCACAGACCAGGCAUUGCAAUAUCUUGGGGUGCAGAAACGGUGUGACAUUGAAACAUUCAUAUCCAAGGCGAUGAGCAAUGAUAAAUGGAAUGCCAUGGACCUGGCGAGGUAUCUUAUUACAUCUGCUCAGGAACAUGUGACUCGCGUCAUGGGGAUGGAGAUCUUUCCAUGCAAUAAUAAUGAAAGACGUCAUAUCAAGGAGCUCUUCGCAUCCACAGAAACCAACCGGGCACUCAAACUGCACGUAAUCAAUUGCGACUACUGGGAUUCAAACACCCAGGAAGCACUAUUCCUCAUUAGACAUGGGUUACACGAAUACCCUUCAAUAGAAGAACUCAUCCCUAUCGCAUCUUCUGAGGAUGACCAUGCUGCUAGGCGUGCUGCAUUCGCGUUUCUUUGCGGACCACUGUAUGAACCACACCUUGAAAGGCAGUUCGACCCGUCAAAGUUCUCUACGUUCGCCUUCAUCCCUGGCGUCAGAGACGGGAAAAUUUGUCAAAUCCCCCAUGGCGAGGUGUUCUCGGAUCCAAACUGGAAGGUGUUGGGCUUCGGUCACCUGUCCGACCAGUUCAGCAAGAAGAAUAUUGCAAAGCUGAAAAUUCGAGAUCGCCCUACCGCUGAAAAGCUAUUCCAGGUUCUUCAAUCGACUCCGCCGAAAGAUCCGCAAAUUGCAAAGAGCUGGUUUAAGUUUCUUGCUGAAAAAGGAGGCAAGCAGUCUCAUAGCCCGGGCGUUUUCUUUUUCUCGGCAGGAGAAUUCGAAAGGAUCGCAGAAUUGAAAAUUGUUCCCGUCGAGGUGUCUUCCGAGCAGCCACAAUCCAGUAAAUCCUAUGAGCCAGUGGCUCCUCGUGAGUGCUUCCUGAAGUCAGAAUCAUACUCCGAGGACCAUUUCUACCAGCGGCUGUUCAAGUUUGUCGACUUCGGGCCUAGUGCCAAUGCCUUCUUAAAAGCCUGUGGUGUUAAGGAACGCCCUGAAUGCAUUGAUGUUCUCAGAGUUCUCCUGAAAUGUCCAAAAACGUUCCUUAAACUAGCUGGGGACGACCAUGAGAGAUACUUGACUGAGCUGCGUCUGAUUGCGGUUGGUCACAAGUCUCUUCCUCGAAAGAUCCACGAAGAAAUGCGCACUGCCUCGAUUUUCUUAGGAUAUCGACAAGGGAAAGGCGGUAUUGGCCGGGAUGGGUACAGUCACGAAGCAGACGAGUUUGAACUUUGCAAGGCCGAAGGAGUAUUGGUCGCAGACGACAUGGAAAGUCGUCGCACCUUUGGCGACUGCAUUUUCAUCGCUCCCCAGGAGGAGUUGUUAGAAAAGUUUUACUCUGAAAUGAAAGUCAAGUCGCUGAGUUCUUGCAUCAAAUACACUGUGGAACCAGGCAAGGAGUUGCUGGACGCACGCAGUGCCCGCGACCUUUUAAAUUCUAUCAUUGACAAGAUACCUAUUUUCCUCCAUGAGUUCGACGAACCACGCUUUAGAGAUGGAAUGCGCCUGUUACGGUGGCAUGACGACAAUCAAUUUUUCGUGCGAGCUUGCCGAAAGCUUGACGUCACGAAGAGAUUAGACUUCCCCAAUGCGACUAAUGGACUUCAGGGACAGAAAGCGCACCCUACCGAACUCUCUGCUGAGACGCAAUCCAAGGAUGGCCUGCAUGUGCUGUGGAUCAAGGAGCCAAAGGCUGACAGUUAUGAUGUAGCAGCAGCUCUGUGUCGCCUGCUGUUCUCUACCUAUAAAAAGAAUGAUGUCCUGUCUCUUAUGACUAUAUUGGACACAGACGUUAACGUCCUCAAGCGCCGUGGUUACGAUGUCGAUAGAAUUCUCUCGGAGUAUCGCGAGAACCUUGAAAAGGCUGAACAUGGAGAAAAUCCUUGCAAUGGGGCGCCACCCGGACCUGUUCAAGCUUCCCCCCAAGAUGCAUCCUCGGAAAGCGAAUCAACCUGUGACAAGCCGGAGUCCGUCAGCAAAUUCACGAAGUUUUUGCAUCGGUUUCGCAAAGACCCCAGGUUGGGUCAGAUCAAGCUCAGUGAGAUAGAAAACUCCAUUGAGAAGGUGAAGAAUAUCAUGAAGGAAGAGGGCGGCGAUAACGACUCGCACAUCAGCAAUAGGGAACAGGUUGGUGGAGGGAAGAAGCAGAAAAAUGUCGCAUACUGCGAUGAGAAGAAGGUUGCAAAGACGGAUCUCGAAGAAUGUGAGGGCCAACACGUCGGGCAAGUCAAAGUCUGGAAGCGAAAGGGGACAGUCUUGGGUGUUCCCUCAAGGGAACGCGAAGCCUUUGGGAAUAUCAUUAGUAACCUCGCAACAGUCUUUUCAAUCAAUCAGACACGAUGUCACGUAUUCUAUCAUGGCGAAGACUCGAAUCUGAUGGGUUUCAACCGCAAUGAUCAGAUAUUUUUCGGUCUGGAACACUAUAUACAGAACCACAAAGAUGCCCCUGCUGGAAAAGCUUACAUUGACUGGCAAGUACACAAAAUUCUGUCCUUCAGCAUUUACUAA